AUGUACGGAUACGCGUAUGCGUAUGUUCCAUCGCAAUAUUCACCUCCGGGUCAACCGUCCUACCAACCCUCCGUCAACUCAUCUCCCGGAAACCCAGGGAUCACCUCUUCGCACCCAGUCUCAGAGGCGAACCAGAUUGAUAUCCGGAAGAUUGAGACGGGGCAGGAUAUGCGCACGACAGUGAUGGUGAAGAACAUCCCGAAUAAGAUGACGGACAAGGAGCUGCACAAGUACAUUCAAGACGUCUGCCCUCGAAAGAUUGACUUCCUAUAUCUUAGGAUGGACUUCAAAAACGGUUGCAAUGUGGGAUACGCCUUUGUCAACUUCAUCUCGGUUAGAGAUCUUCAGUACUUCGUGAAGGAGAGGUUGAAUAAAAAAUGGAACAUGUACUCGAGCGAGAAGGUCCUGCAGAUGAGCUACGCGAACUAUCAGGGUAAAGAAGCACUUGUCGAGAAGUUCAAGAAUUCUUCUAUCAUGGAUGUUCAAGAAGAUUGGCGACCCAGAAUCUAUUAUUCUAGCGGGCCACAUCAAGGUUUACCCGAGCCAUUUCCCAAACCCACUCAUAUGCGCAGGAAAGAACGGAGCACGAUGAAUCGGGGCGCAUUAUAUGUACCUGGUGUCAACAGCCAUGGAUCUGGAUACCAUGGCCGGACCCACCAGCAUGGCAACCCCUCCGGCCCGCGGUCCUGGGCCUACGGCGGCGUGUCAGAUAAAUUCGCUGGCACUGGUUAUGUCGGCGGUUAUUGA